UUGCGUGUUUUCCACGCUUUCAAUUCCUCCUCUCCAACCCUUUAAUUCAACGUCACUCCAUUCAGUUUACUUUAUAUGGUUAUUUGUGGGUGUAUUUUGUGUAGCAUUGCAUGAUAUUCACAAUGUCAGAUACUCAUUCCAAAAAGAAAAAAAUUGGCAACACCAAAGAAGAUACAUAAAAAAUGUGACGAAAGAACUUGUAAAAAGUUUCUCAAUUUGCAACCAUAAAUGUACAUAUAUUUCUCCUUCGAAUCCCCAUGAAAAUAAUCUCAGGUUUAAAGCUCAACAGAGAAAAAAGAAACACUCUUUAUUGAAAAAAAAGUUUACUCCAACACCAUCAUCUCAUCUUUCCGGUCAAUGAGAGAAAAGUGAAAAAUUAUGUUAAUUAUCAACUUCUGAACUCAAUCUGCGUCUCUUCAUACCUCAUUUUAACCCCUAAUCAAAUUCCUCUUUGCACAAAACCACUUGGGAAAUAUACAGAGAAAAACCACCUCUCUCAUGCCGCCCCCACUGAAAAACCGGCGAAACCUCAUCAGCCAUCUCUUUAAUACAAUCUAAAAGUGCCUCGAAAAAAAAAUCAUGCAAAUCACCCCUCAAAGAAAAUCCUUAAUGAAGCAGAAAAAAGUGGAAAAACAGAGUGUUUAUCCUGGGAAUUUUCGAGAGGGGCAAAUCAAUUGAAGAGAGAAAAGAUAAAUGAACAUGACUCAAUACCUCAAUGUCGAAGAUUGAUAAGAUCUCUCUCUUCGUCCCUGUUAAGAAGAAAAAAGAAGAAAGAAGAAGAAAAAAAAUCGCAAAUGGAAAGACCUAAAGAUAAAAAUUGGGAAAAUUCUAUUAAAAAUUCCCAGAUUUUGAAAGCCAAUAGAAAAUUCCCAGACUUAAGCACACUUUAUCAGUGAAAAUCAAAGCGAAUGGGCAUUACUCUGAAAUUCCCAUUGAUAAGGCGACACCUCUUGAGAUGUAUAAAAGACGGUGAUAAACCACUCAGAGACAUCAUUAACCAGUAGUCAACUACUCGUGUGAAGUCUAGUCAAGAUGAUUAAGUUCUUCGUUCUCUCCACACUUGCCGCUGUGGCCUUUGGAAGUGUCACUCCAGAUUAUCCCGGUCCACAUGACUUCAUCAAUGCCGUCCAGGACUUGCAGAACGAAGUCGGGAUCACUGAGUACUUUGACAAUUUUGUCGUUGGCGGAAGCACUGCUUCCCCUGGUCAGUUUCCCUACCAAGUCUCCCUCAGGACUAGCGCCAAUGCUCACUUCUGCGGUGGAAUUCUGGCCAACAAUCGCUGGAUUGUGUCAGCUGCUCACUGCACAGUUGGCAGAACCACUGGUGGCACCAUUGUCGUCUUGGGCGCUCACUCGAGAACCACUGGAGGCACAUCCUUUGGCCUGACCAGAAUCGUCAAUCAUCCACAGUACAACGCUAACACAAUCGCCAACGACGUGUCUGUCGUGCAGACGACCAACAACAUCGGAUUCACCCAACUCAUUCAGUCCAUCCCAUUGGGAUCUGCCUUCGUCGGCGGUGGAGUCACAGCUGUCGCUUCCGGAUGGGGUCUGACCUCCAGUCCUGGCAGUCUGGCCGCCAAUCUGCAGUUCGUCAACGUGCAAACCCACACCAAUGCCAACUGCAGGAACAACAUCGGUGGCAACGGAAACUUGAUCUUCGACCACAAGAUCUGCGCUGGCGGAGUUGUGGGACAAGGAGUGUGCACUGCUGACUCUGGCGGACCUCUGGCCGUUGGCAACUCAGCCAUUGGCGUUGUCUCCUGGGGCAUUCCAUGCGCUCGUGGCUUCCCAGAUGUCUACGAUCGCAUCUCAUCCCACCGCAACUGGAUCAUUGGACACUUCUAAACACAUAUUCAACUGACAAUGGCUCUCAAAUUAUAAUUAUUACAAUUCCCAAAUACAAUAAAUUAAAAGUGCAAAUAUAA